GCUCAUACGGAUCUGAAGCUUCCCAGGUAGAUAACAAAAAAACCGUCUUUUCAACACACUGUCUGUGCAGAGAGGGAACAAAACAAGGAAAACCAACCCAGAUUCUGUUACAGUUUCCAAUUUUGUUUUCUCCAACAAUUCACAUGAACAAACCCCUGUUUCAGUUUCAGUUCUGGGUUUUGCAUUCUGAGUUUGCAGAUUCAUUGAAUCGUGGUUCCCUUCAUCACGUGCUGUCUGUUUUGCGACAAGUUUAAGGAUUGGGAACAUGAUGGAGAGUAAUCAUUCUGAGGUGCUUAUUGGUUCAAAAGCGUUGUUUAAAAAACAUGAAUUUGUGAGGAUUAUAGUUCAGUGUCUGUAUUCAUUAGGGUACAGCAAGUCUGCAUCUUGUUUGGAAGUUGAAUCUGGGGUUUUGUUCAAGUCCAAGGAGUUUCAGUUGCUUGAAUCGCAUGUUUUGAAUGGGAAUUGGGAUGGUUGCAUUGGUUUUCUUAAUUCCAUGAGGGAUAUUAUGGGUGAAGCUGUGGAGUCUGCUCUGUUUCUUGUCCUGAGGCAGUGUCUUAUGGAGUAUAUAAAGCAUGGUGAGGUAACUUUGGCCUUGGAUGUGUUGAGGAAACGAGUUUCCGCGUUGCAUUUGGACCGUUACAAGGUUCACAGCCUGGCUAAUAGUAUGCUUUCCUUGAAGGAUACCGAGAUUGGUGGCGCCGUGGAUGGUGAUGCUGUUCGUGAUUUGCGGAGGAAGCUGUUGACAGAUUUGGAGAAAUUGCUCCCUCCGCCAAUUUUGAUACCGGAUGGAAGGCUUGAGCAUUUAGUUGAGACUACUGUUACUGCUUGGGUUGAUUCGUGCUUGUAUCACAAUUCGUCGAAUCCGAUUUCACUCUAUGAGGAUCAUCGGUGUGGUAGGGAUCAGAUUCCUACUACAACUACCCAGGUACUGACUGGACAUAGAAAUGAAGUUUGGUUUGUUCAGUUUUCUAAUAAUGGAGAGUAUCUAGCUUCUUCAUCCUAUGAUUGUACAGCCAUCAUAUGGAAGGUGCAAGAAGAUGGGAAAUUGACAUUGAAACACACACUUUUUGGUCACCAAAGUGCUGUAUCUUUUGUGGCAUGGAGUCCUGACGACACCAAGUUGCUCACAUGCGGGAACAAAGAAGUUCUGAAGCUGUGGGAUGUUGAAACAGGUACAUGCAAGCAUACAUUUGGGAAUCAAGGCUUUGUUGUCAGCUCAUGUGCCUGGUUCCCCAACUCAAAGCAGUUUGUGUGUGGCAGUUUCGACCCUGAAAAGGGCAUCUGCAUGUGGGAUUGUGAAGGAAACGAGAUGAGAUCAUGGAGAGGAAUGAGGAUGCCCAAAGUUGUAGACAUUGCUGUUACUCCAGACGGCGAGUAUCUUAUCAGCAUAUUCUUGGAUAAAGAAAUUCGGAUUUUGCAUCUGAGAACCAAUGCUGAAUGCGUCAUUUCGGAGGAGCACCCGAUCACGUCUAUUUCAGUUUCUGGAGAUAGCAAGUUCUUCAUUGUGAAUCUGAACAGCCAGGAGAUUCAUAUGUGGGAUGUGGCCGGCAAAUGGGAUAAACCAUUGAGGUACACGGGCCAUAAGCAGUGCCAAUAUGUGAUCAGGUCGUGUUUUGGUGGAUUGGACAGCGCGUUUAUUGCCAGUGGCAGCGAGAAUUCUCAGGUAUACAUUUGGAAUUCUGGGAGCCCGAGGCCAAUAGAGGUUUUAUCUGGGCACUCCCUGACUGUAAAUUGUGUGAGCUGGAAUCCAAGAAGGCCACAAAUGUUAGCAUCUGCAAGUGACGAUCAUACAAUUCGCAUAUGGGGACCCAGCUUGUAGAAAAGAACGUAACUUGCAUAGAUCUGUUGAACAGAAAUGCAUUCCAUAUCAAGGCUACUGACGUGUAUAUAAACUCUCCAUUAUUUUCCACCCACCUUAAGUUGUUCAGCAUGAGUCUGUAAAGUCAUGGUUUAUCCGUGCAGGAAUUUUGGCGUACACUUCCAUCUGUAAAUCUUGUUUCUUCGUUUUGUAUUUAUACCCUUCAUUGGUUAACCUGUGCAGAAACUAGAAACUGAUGGGCUGAAGUUAGGGUUUAUUCUUGUUCACAUUUUCUUAUAAGGUUAUUCCAUUCUUGUGUGAGGUUGAUUC